AUGGGCACAAAACCCAUUCUUGUAGUCCAUGGUGGAGCUUGGACAAUACCAGAUGAGUUUGCUGAAAGAAGCAUCCUGGGAGUUAAAAACGCAGUUAAGAGUGGCUUUGCAGUGCUGGAAAUGGGAGGAAGUUCAAUGAAGGCUGUAGAAAUUGCUGUGCGGGCCUUAGAAGAUGAUACUGUGUUUGAUGCAGGUCAUGGUGCUGUACUGAAUGCUGAUGGUUAUGUGGAACUUGAUGCAAUCAUCAUGAAUGGUAAAACUCUCGCUGCUGGCGCAGUCUCCUGCAUCAGGAACAUUUCUAAUCCGGUGAUAUUUGCUUGUUCAGUCUUGGAAAAGACACCGUAUGUGAUGCUCACUGGAGUGGGUGCUAACCAGUUUGCUGAGAAGCUAGGCAUACCUCAAGUGCCUGUAGAAGAGUUAGUAACAGACCAUGCCAAAGCUGAAUGGGAGCAAUACCGCAAAUACAAGCAGACUGUCAAAUCACUUUUUAACACAGAAUUGGUUCAUGACACAGUGGGUGCAGUUGCUAUAGACUGUGAAGGUAACAUGGCUUGUGCAACUUCAACUGGAGGCAUCACAAAUAAAAUGGUUGGACGUGUUGGUGACACCCCAGUCAUAGGUUCAGGUGGCUAUGCUGACAACCUUGUUGAUGCUGUCUCUGCAACUGGUCAUGGAGAGUCCAUCAUGAAAGUCACUCUUGCAAGGCUUAUCCUCUUUCAUAUGGAACAAGGAGAUCCAGGUUCAAAUUCCUGCCCUGGAGCAGGGACUCGUGCCUGGAUGUCUUGCAUCCCAGAUCUGCACACUAUAAGAUCCUCUAUGUGUGGGACUCUCCACUACUGUGCAGAAGUGGGAGAACAGCCAUCUCUGAGGCACCAACUCCUCCCAUCUCUUCCAGACCCUGUGGAGGCCUUUCUACAGGUAAAACUCCAGAGGAAGCUGCAGAUUCUGCUCUUCACUAUAUGGAGAAGAGAGUCCAUGGACAGGGAGGAGUUAUAGUUGUAAGCAAAACUGGAG